GGUAAGGGGUGAGGUUUAAGAAAUAAUGGGUGAGGGAUGAGGGAUGAGAGAUAAAGAACGAGAGUAUCUGUAAGUCGAAAUUUUUAAUAAAUACCCAUGAUCUCAAUAUUAAGAGACAUCACUAUUGACGUCUACUUUUAUGCUCCCCCUCCCGUUAUAACCACGAAGCUACUGACAAUUCUGCUGAGUGUAUUUUUCGAAACGGAUACCUGCUAAUUUCUUCCCGGUGUAUGAUUCAAUUUCUCAGUAAGAAGGUUCGGGUGGGUAGCAAGACAUACCUUGUGUUCUUUUUGCGUCAAUGUCGCGUUAAUGCAUCCGCAAUUUUAGGCAUGACUAACUUUCUUGUUGCAUAAGCUCUUAAAAGUCUCAUUUUCUAGGUAUUGCAUUGUAUCAAAAAUUUGUUGUGUCACUUAGGUUUAUAUUGAGAUAAACUUUGCGUAUGGUUUUAGCGCUAUUCCAGAAAUUUCUUUAUUACAUCCUUACCGCUCUUGAUUGAUGAAGGGAAACACUGUUGUAUAUAUAUAUAUAUGUAUUAAUCUAGAUAUGAUUUGAUCAGUUAGAUGAGGUAAACGAUCCUAAAAUAGCAGAGGAGUAAUAGUAUCGCGGAAAGAUUUAAAUGCCCCUUCAAUUUUUUUCCAUGGCUGCAAAUUGAUGCGGUGAUAACGAGGAAAGAAGAAUCGGGCAGAGAUUUGAGGUCGGAUACGCAUAAAAAAAAUUUUUCAUUUCGCAAAAUUUAAAAUUUAAAAUUAAUCAUUUUUAUUUUUGAAUUAAAUACACCUUUUCCUUAUGGAAAUUUUAUGCUUAACUUUUUAUCAAUCCCCUUUUAAAAAAAAUUGCGCGUAGUUCUUUCAGUAAUACGUGAAUACAAGUUCUUUAGACCCUAACAAGACAUGAUUUAAAAUCACGUAUUCAUUUUGGCACAAGUUUCUUCAACACUGUUAAGUUACUUUUUGUGGUUACAGUUUUGGAAUGGAAUACUUAGGAACUUUUCCUAAUGAGGUUGAAGGUCGUAUUGCCAGGGAGGAGCAUUAUCCCCUCUACAAAUCACGAUGACACGUUGACCUCCCUCUCUCUUCUCACCUUUACUCUACGUCAUUUAAAUUUCGUUUCCAAAUCAAAAAAAUUAGAAGGAAGAUUUCCUAAUAUCUAUACCAUAGAUCUGAUUCACCAUUCUAGCUCUUAAGGACGUCCGGUCGUUAAUUACACGUAGUAUAUGAUACAAGUAUCAAUGUUUGAAGUGGAAACACACACAUUACAUAUAGCUGGACUAUACACAGACACACAUCAAACAAAACUUUACAUGAUGUGGAGAAUUUUUUAUUUAUAUAUUGUCUACUUUGUUUGCAGGUCAACAACGUACACGAUUCAGAGAAACAAAACACCUCCAUCUCAACAACUAGCUUUCGUCAGCCUUUUACGCGAUCAUUUCUACAAUUCAAAAAGCGACAAUGUCAGCACACCGUUUCGACGAAUCACAAGACUAUUUCAUAAGCACGGACGCAGCCGGAAACAUCUUUCUAUAAGAAAUCAGACGGUCGACACGAAUGCAAAUGAUCGAGCUCACUUAGUCAUCGAGUCUGAUUCAUUUGGAACGGUAAAAAUCCACAGCUUUAAGAGACCUGUGCACUACUUGUGUAUAGGACCAGACGCCAGACCGACAGGAGUUCCAGAGGUGCAACUUGAUGAGGCAUCCUUUGACAUCAAUGAUUGUAUAUUUCGAGAAUACACCCUGGGUAAACAUCUUCAGUUUAAAUCUGAAAAAUACUACAAUAAAAAAAACAAUACUGGAUGCUUGGCUUUCAACAAGUUUGGAAGGGGACGAAAUGUGAGGAUAUCGAAAUGUGGAAAGAGAAACACGUUAUUUAUGGAACGAAAACCACGAAUUAUUAUAGAUAUAUAUAAGAAUGGAAAGUUUAAGAAUCAACUCUUCAAAUUUUUGCGUAAUCAACAAGGAUAGAAGUGAGCUGUAUUGUUACACAAGUAAAAUAUACUUCACUUACCUCCGUGUGAUUGCAAGCCGUUGAAGUCCUGUAAUAUCCUGACUCGGCACCUUUUCAGCAAUGUUAGUCAAAACACGCAAAUGUAUGAUCGACUCGAUAUGCGACGAUAAAAAAACGAAAGAAGCACGAAUGAGGAAGAAGACAAA